AUGCGGGAUAAACCCGAGAUGGCGGGAUUGCCGUUGCCACAAAUCGGUGGUGGGGUGGGGACCUAUGGACAGCCGCAGGCUGGCUCGCCAAGCACCCCGGGCCCCGGCGGUGGCACAGCUGGCGGCGGCGCGAGCAGCACCCUCGGCGCUGCUGGCGGCGGUGCCUCUGGCUCUGGCACCGGCACCGCCGGUGGAGCCGGUGCGGUUGGUCUCGGGGUUACCGGGGGGACUACUGGCGGUGGAGCCGGCGGCGGUGCCGCCGGUGGCGGUUCCGCCGCUAACAAUGCUACAGUUACGACCACAGGGCAGAAUCGUCGGGGCCGAGGGUGGGGCCACUGGCACCGCGGCGACCCCAGCCUCAUGAGGGGACUCUGGAAGUCGAAGGGACCCUUAGAUUCCUUAGGGAACGCGGAGGCGUACAUCUUCCUGGCGUUGACGAUCGGUUUCGUGACGGUGGUGGUCGGCUGUUGGCUGUCGGACAACUGUUGGUCGCCGGAGCCAGAGGGGGUGGUCACCCUCGCAUAGCCUAGUGCAGACUUCCGUUCGUCCAGGCGAUAACAACUAGUAGGCGGGCCCUCCACCGGCAGUAUACCGGACAUCGUCCACUCGGAGGAGCGUAACGACGCCGGGAAUCAGCGGCCGUUGCUCGACAUCAACGACAACCACACGCUGCCGCCGAUGAUCUGACAGCGCGCGAUCGUCUGGGCCGCGAAGUCCUUCGCGGCCGAUAACAGGCCAACCGUUGGCCCCUGCUAAGCUAUCGCAGGAACGCGCGAUAACACCGAUAACAGCAGCAACAGGGGGAUGAAGGGAGUGGGGAGGGGGGGGGCGAUAGGUGCGCCAACGAUGCGGGCGAUCCUAGCGUAAAAGCAAACGUUCAUCGAAAUAUCGACAUAUCCGGUCGACGCGACGCAACAACACAACGCGAGCACGGUCCCGAUCCGAUCGUGAACGGGAUGGACGACCGAUCUCGCGUAGAUCUGUAUCGUUUAUAGUUUUGUUCCGAGCUUUAGUUUCCUCGCGUCGCGCUCGAACGCAUCCGCCACCGACUAAUCGGCGCAAGACACCUGCUCGAAUCGACGUGCAAUCGGGAAGGUGAUCUCGCGUGCCAGAUGCUGUGCAGAUACACACGCGUUCCUCGAUUGCGGGCUAUGCACCGGCCUGCACCGGCUCGCUGUCCGACAGGGGCCGAUCUCUCGCGCGGUGUCCGUUCGAUCCGCGACUUUCCAACCGUGAAAGCUAGACGAGCGUGGAUUAUCGGGUUAAUUCGUUGGGCCGUCGAACUGCGCCGCGAUGAAAUAUGAAAGUAGAGAGCCGCUUUGAAGCUCGUAGUUAGGCGAAAAUCCGGAGUGGGUCAAUAAUUUUGUUUCGGGGCCCGCUGAUGGAUUUCGAUCGGCGACGUUGUCGCGGGGUCCAUCGCGCUGGAACGAGCACGAUCAGCCACCGGAACACAGAGAACCCGUUCAUACACACGCGCGCACGUCUGCAUACGCGUGCACACGCGCGUGCAUCGUCUACGAUUCAACCUCUGUGUCCUGAUCACCGGCUAAUAAUUUAUACCGCUGCAUCGGCGAGACGCGAUGCAGCCCGCGUGAAGGACAAUGGACGGCGAAGGCUCACAUCUUCGAGUGUUACACCUGCUUUGCGUUCGUCUCCCCGACGUUGUACGGAAUUGUUGUACGAUAGUAAAUGAUCAUUUAAAAAAAAAAAAGAAAGAAAGAAAGAACACAUCGCCGAAGAUACGUUUUCCUUCUAAAUCAGGCGUGGGCGGAGUUGCGUGUGUUUUUCGGUUCUGCAGAUUGUGGCAGCGGGUCGUGUCAUGAUAAGGGAUCUCUUGGACGAGGUUCAACGGUGGUUUUCGACUUGGCAGUUGAUGUGUCUGUGUGCGGACGAUUGGCUUCCAUACCUGAAAGAUCAGAUUCAUACCCUUUAUGUGCUGCGGCGUGAGCGAAUUAGUAUGCGAAUUCGAUUCUCUGAUCGGUAAAAGUACAAUAGACUCCCGUAUAACGCGAGGUUGAUAAUGCUUGAGUGCUUGAUGUAUUGUGACACUAUUUUCAACUUGUUCAAACUAUAAAAGAAACGAUUUAUUUUUAUCUAAUUUCGGUUUCUUAGAAUCGUCUUGGAAAAUAUGUAUUUUGCACAAAGAGACUCGUAAUCUAGUGUCUAAUAUUCAAGAUUUUCAUCAAAUAUUUUAAAUUGAAGAUUCGGUUUUACGGUUUUGUUUAACUAACUAUGACUGUUUAACUAACUUUGAAAUGAUCUCUUUCUUUGAAUUGAUAUUUAUAUUAACUACAACAGUAUUCUUCGUGUUAUAAGAGAGAAAUGUUCGAUUUCCUGUAACAUUAGUUCAUAGUACGCGUAUACAUUAUCGCAUAAUACGGGAGUCUAUUAUGUAUAGUUUGUAUGGAUUGUAAAGUCCGAGGUAUGAAAGUCGCCACGUUGGAACAGGUUUCAUGAAUAAUAUUGCUUAAUUGAAUGUCGAUUACAUAAUGUAUCGAAUAAGUAAUACUGAUUUGCAGAUCAAAAUAUUUAUUCCAAGCAGCCAUUUGAAAUUCGACUAACAUGGAGAGGUUCCCAAAUUUCACGCUCACUUUUUGAUGAGAUUUGGCACAGGUUUUAUUUUGGCAUAGGUUUCAAAUAAUUAAUGUUAAAGUAUUAAAGGAGAUUACAGCGCGAGGGUUCAGGUAGGCCGGAUCGAAUCUCCCCACUCCUUAAUAUUUCUAAUGCUAUGUUGGUGUCGUAUGCUUUCGCUCGCGUUACUGGGAACGAUUCGGCUCCGACCGAUGAUGCCCGAACCGUGCGCCGAUUGACAUCGUACGUACGCUUCCUCAUUCGGUCGGAGCCGAACCGUUUACGUAGGGAUGGAGAUUCUUGCAUAUCCUAUUCAUGCGUAGAGACCGAAACCGCCCGAGACUGUCCGAGACCACCCGAGAAUCGAGCGCAGUCCCGAAGCUUUCGGGAGUCCCGAAACAUUCGAGAUCUCGAGAGACUCGAGCGGGUUUGCACACUCCUAGAAUUUUGUUUUACAUAUAUACGUGUACACGUGUAGUUAAUAUAUCCGCAUAUUAACCUGUGUACUUAUCAAUGCACGGGUACACGAGUGCACGUGUAAUUAAUGCAUCCAUGUUUUAAUUCGUUGAGGAAGUGUAGUAAUAAGAAUUGUUUAAUUUCGCGAAGACACAUAACAAAAUUAAUGCUAUUAUUUGCUGAGAUAAAAAAAAAGUAAAUAUGGACGAGGAAAUAAAUUAUAAAAAACGAUUGCGAGUUAUUUGGAAAUAUUUUUAAUCGAUUAAUAAUUUGUUUUUAGACAAAAAGAAACUACAGAAUACAUUUUCUGAACGAAUUAAAACACGGAUACAUUAAUUACACGUGCACUCAUGUAUCUGUGUGUUAAGAAGUAGGUAUGUAUUAACACAGGUUAAUACACCGACAUCCUUAUGCGGAACGGUUUGGCUCCCCGACCGAAUGAGCGAACGUACGUACGGCGUGAAUCGGCGCACGGUUCGGGCAUCAUCGGUCGAAGCCGAGCCGUUCCCAGUGACGCGGCGAAAGGGUACCACACCAGCGCAGUAUACUUGAAAUAUUAGGGAGUAGGGAAAGGUGGGGGAGGUUCGAUCCGGCCUACGUGACCCUCGCGCCGGUAAUCCAGCGCGUCUUAAUCUGGCCUUUUAUUAAGAACUUUAACAUUAAUUAUCUCAAAAACUAUAAGCCAUCUACCCCGAAAACCGGGUAUCGUUGGAUUCAGCUUUACAAACUUUAUUACUGUAUCAAAUCUCAUCAAAAAGCGAGCGUCGAUCAUGGGGAUCUCACCUUGUAAAUAAAUUCUCACCAAUUAUUUCUCAGCUUGUAAACAAAAACAGGCAAUUUAGAAAGAGGAGAUGCGAUUA